CGCUCUGAAAGAAUUUAGUUUUGUCAAGAAACAGAGACGUAUGAUUCGUGCUCGGUGGAAGGUGCAGACAGUGGUUGAGCCACGGUAAACAAAGUGAUUUUGUUUGCAUCGCAUAUUCGUAACAUUUUCGAAGCAGUGUGCUUCGUAAUUGGCAAUCUGCGUAUAUGUACGGAAAUAUGCGUGAAAGAGAAGAGUUUUGUCGAAGUUUCCCACCGGGACAACGGAUCCAGGCACCGACAGCACGAGCUCUAGGCCUCGAUGCUUUGCACAAUCUUUGUAAAGAGAUCUAUCCGGAUCAAAGCAAUCCUCUCACUGUCACUGCUGUUGUAAAAUACUGGUUGGGCGGUCCAGAUCCUCUCGACUACAUAAGCAUGUACGAAAAUUCUGGUUGCCCGGAAUUAGGCAUACCACCACAUUGGCAUUAUAUUAGCUUGGGCUUAUCGGAUCUGCACGGGGAUGGACGAAUACAUCCAAAAAGUGGUCCUGGUCGUCCAAGUGGUUUUGGAUUUGAGCUAACAUUUAGAUUAGUCAGAGAAAGGAACGAGAUGACACCUCCCACAUGGCCAGCAAAUGUCAUGCAACAAUUGGCAAAAUACGUUUUCAAUUCUGGUAACAUGUUACUACCUGGCGACCAUGUUUCAUGGCAUGCACCUUUGGAUAAUGGCAAUGGUCGUAUCACGCAAAUUUUAAUGGCCAGGGAUCCACUGCUACCAGCAACCAUAUCUACGCCACACGGUGAUGUUUCAUUUGUUCAAAUUGUAGGAGUUACUUCUGAAGAGCUACAAGCUGCACAGCACUGGAAUGGUUUAGGUCUUGUAAAUUUACUAAAGUCUAGUCGUGGUUGUGGGCCAUGGUUGGUAACAGAUAUGAGAAGGAUUUACUCUGUUAUGGAAGAUGAUCCUUCCAUAGCAGAGAAAAUAGAGACUGGUAUAGAAAAGGAGGGUUCUAAUUUAAGUGGUGUAUCUGCAAAGUGUUGGUGGGUUCAAGUAAACAGUGACAAAAGUACAGAAAAAUAUAGAGAGACAAGAAAUGAAUCGGAUGAAGAAGACGAAGAUAUAAAGCCAGUUAUAAAGUCAGAAAGAUUGUCUCCUUGUGAGCAAGAUACAAAUUUACCAAACGAAAAUUUUGUCAGGGUUUUACCAGGUCUUCAUUUGACAUUCAAUCUCGAAGCUGGAUCUUUGUUACCAUUAGCAAUAAAGGGCCGUGUCAUGCACGGAAGGCAUUUCACAUUUAAAUCAAUAUUGUCUCAUACAGCAAUAACAAUAGUUGCCCCCUCAGUCACUGGUACUCUAGUGUCUAGGGAAAAACCGUAUGUAGUUCAGGGACCAUGGUUGCAAGUUUUGCUUCCGGAAGAUUUGACUGAAAAGAUGGCUCAAGAGUUUCAAGUUUUAAAUUCACCAAGUCAGAUUCAAUUGCCGAAGACAUUUUCCUGGCCCGAACAUAAACUAAUUAUUACGGUUGUAAACGACUGAGAAAAUUAACCUAGUACUAUUAAAAAUAUAGUUAAACUGAAUUAGGAUAAAUUGACGUAAGCAAAGUAUUAUUUACUCUCGUUACAAAAGUGAAUUUGGGCGAUAUUAUUUAUAAUCAAAUUACGUCUGUGCGGUAAUCGAAUAAACGAUAAGACUUAUAAGACUUUAUCAAUGUGUAAAAGAAGAGAUAGGUUAUGAUAUCGAAGAUAUUUCUUCAGUAGUGAGAAAUGAAAAAUAGAAAUGCAUUUUACAGAGGAAAAUUUUUAUACAUCUCUCUCUCUCUUUUACAAAUUGAUAACUGUUAAAAAAUUAAUAUUUAAUUGUGUACAUAAUAGAAUACAAAGUGUAAUUUUGUGUCCAAUAUACAAGUUUACACAUUGUUAUUUUAUACAGAUCAGUUUUGUAAAUAGAGAACGUUGCUAAUCCUGGCACUGUGUCUGCCAGGAUUCUAUACCAAUUUUUACGAGAAUGAGAAAUGUACGAUACAACGAUAAAUAUAAAAAAUUAUAUUUAUAAGGAAAUAUAUUUUAUUUUCUACAA